AUGGAGGAUCCAUGGAAGGUAGUUGCUGAUAGCAGCGACAAAGUUGGUUUGGAUGAUGAUCUGCAAACACAGCAGGUGAAGGAUUCAACUAAACAUGUGCUAGAUGGGACGGAUGAGUGGUCGCAGUUGGUGGAAUUGAUUACCAGGUCUUAUGAGAGUGUGAAUAAGUUUAAAGAAUUGAUUGGUGAAGUAAAGGAGCAAGUAAAUGAUAAGACAGUAACGGGAGUGCCGUUGUUGGUUUAUACUGUGGUGUAUGACCAUCCUGUAUAUAUUGAGUUAUUGCAUUGUACGGGACAGUUGGACGUCAAUCUUGCAGAUGAUUUGGCUUCUUAUUCACCUCUUAUGUGGUGUUUUCACCUUAAUAGACAGCAGUGCUGUGUGGAGUUGUUGAAUUUCCAGGAUGAGUUGGAUUUUGGUUAUAAGAACAAUAAUGGAUCAACGGCGAUAGAUUUAUUGGUUCCUGGAUCAGAAAUUUACAGCUUUGCAGAGACACAUAGACUUCUAAACCGGAAUAAGGAGACCAAAGAUGCACUUUUUGGCCCAAGCGAGGAUUUAUACAAAGGUCCAUUGCGAUUUGAUGAGCUUGAUGAGACACUGGACAAUAUUAAGUUGCAAACAGCGGGUCUUAAUAUCUCUGAAAAGACCAAUGGCGUGGAUGAUUUGUAUGUUCCUCCUCUUAAAACUGUGGAACUGGAAACAUCUCCAGAGGCUUCAAUGCUAUUUGAUUUUGAUCAUUUGAUUAGUGGCCAGUACAUUGAAUUUGCUGAUUAUGACAUAUUUGAGAUUUUAAAUGUGCUAAUUACUUUGCCGCAAAAAAAUCCACACGAUACAAUAACCCCAGCUGCAUUGAUUUUCCAAUGUUUAAGAUAUGCACAUAAGAAGCGGCAAAGUACUAGCCUUGUAGAAAACAUAUUUUAUUUAUCGCUCACAAAGAUUUUGUCAUCUCAACAACCAUCUGGAGGGGUUGUUUCAAACCAGGAGGGCGAUAUUGUAAGUCAAUCAUAUUGGUUGGGUUAUUUAACGUUCCUAUACUAUUAUCUUUGUCGUGAUGAAACAUUUUUUAAAAAAUACACUACCCUGUUGCAGAAACUAAUUAAUGCAAUGCAGACCCUUAUGAUCGAAAUAUGCUCAUCUAUAUAUGCCCGUAUAGAUCGACUAGUCGUGCCUGCAAUUCUAACCUAUACAACCAUUACUGAUGUAAAGCAAACUUUGUACAAAAAGGAUUGGAAUAUUUUCAAAAAGAAGAAACAUUCCAUAAAGGGUAUUCAGAGUUCUUAUGAUGAGAUAUUAAACAUGUUAUAUCCUCCAUCAGCAGAGGAGCAGAUGAAAGUUUCACCAAUGAAAAUUGUCCAAAUAUUUGGUGCUUUGACUUAUGUUUUAGAUUUGCAUCAAGUUCAUCCACUGUUUUAUGUGCAAUGUGUCUCAACAUCUAUCCAAUGGUUUUCAACUUCUUUGUUCAAUAAAAUUAUAGGAAACAAGAAAUACCUUUCCAGAGGACGGGCGGUUCAAAUCAGGCUGAACUUGUCUACCAUAGAAGAUUGGAUUAAAAAUCAUGAUACUAGAGUGCCAAAAUCGAAAAUGAUCGAUAAUUUUAUCUGGGAAAGAUUCCCUUAUACGCUGAUCAAGCCAAUUUCUGAAAUAAAUUUAAAGCUAAAGUCUUUGAGAAAUAUCACAAUGUAUUCUCCGGUUGCAGAUGACAAGGAAGUGAUUUAUGAUACCACGAAUACCCUAUUUUACUACCAAUCGCUUUACCGUAUAUCACAAUUGCACAUGGAGCCACUUUUACAACUUUUACAAUGGUUACAAGUUGCUACUUCAAUAGAAGAUGAAGAAUCGUUAAAAUCAACAAUGAAUUUGAUAAAUGCAUUAAACCCUUCGCAGUUGCUUAGGGUCGUUGAGAAAUAUCGUUAUGAGUUGGAGGAACCACGCUUCCAGUCUUCUUUGAAGAAAUAUUUAGCUUCUAUGCUUAAGGGUCAGGAGUACAAUAUACAAUUAGAAGAAAGACCUCAACUGUUAGUCACUUUGCCAAUGAUGAAUGAACUAGUAGAUAUUUAUGUCACAGUUGAGAACGCUGAAAGGUUUCUCCCUAUUUUGCCGGAAGAUAUUCAAGAAAAAAUCGAGGCAAUACUCGAACAAAACGCAAGAAAUAGAUUAAUGGAUGUUCAUAAAAAGUCAGAUGACAAGGAAGAUGACGUUAGUUCGACCAGUAGACCUAAAUAUGGUAAAGGGUCAGUUGGUUGUAUUGCAAGUGAAGAAGAUAGUCAAUUAUUCGAAACGUUGAAUACACCUAGCCUAGCGGUUCAACGCCCCACAUGGUCCGGGACAUCGACUACAGAAGAUAAUCCCUGGUGA